ACAAGUUUUUUUAUUUUAGCUCUAUUUAUUAACUCAUUUGCUACUUUGUUAUUUUUUAAAAAAAUGGCUUCAAUCAUGUUUUCGAUGUUUAAAAGACUAAAUAAAGUAUCUUAUUCUUGUAUGAUGCAAAAAAAAUCAAUGUCACUUGUUGCUCCAACCAGUUUUGAACUCUUGAAAGAAAAUCUAGAUAGCCUGUUAGAAAAUAUUUGGAACGGUUUUUUAUGGGCUGCACCUAAAAAAAGGCGUUCAAUAUCAAAACGUCGAUAUUUACGCAAAUUUAGGGAGUUGAAACUUCGGGAUGAUAUAGAAGAUUGUGUUGUCUGUGGAAAUAAAAAGUUAAUGGGUAAACUGUGUCAAAACUGUUUUCAGUGGACAAUGUCUUUAACUGAAGAAACAUGGAAAAAACAGAGAGAGGAGGGAAAAUGCAGAAGAGACAGAUAUGUUCGCUAAUAAUGUUUUUAACUUUUACAUUUUUAAGUAGUGAAAUAUAUAAAACAAAUCUAGAA